UUCUGUUAGAUUUACAGUGAUGUUUUAAUGAAACUGUAGAGGAAAGGAGUGAAAGGAGGAGAAAGAGGUAGAAGGAGGGUAGGGAAGGGUAGACAGAAAUGCUGUAUUUCCUCACAGUGCUGUUCAAACAGCAAAACAGCAGUGCAUUUUGGAAAGGGAAAGACGUGGAGUGUAGCAGUGCUGGCAGAGCUUCUCUAUCUCCAUCUCAUGCUUCACACACACACUCUCACAUGCAGACACACAAACACACACACACAGCUCCUCACAGUCAAAGGCAUCUGGCCCAGAGACAGCAGCAACUCAGCCAGGCUGAGAUCCUGCAGGAGCUGAUCGAGGCAAAGGGAUUUCAGAGCUGACACUCAGACAGACAGACAGGGGCAGGUGCGAAAGGAAGAGAGAGAGAGGAGGAGGAGGAGGAGGAGAUUUCUGCCCCAGCAGAACGGAGUGGAGAGGAGCCGUGCACAGCUCAACAGAGGAAUUCUAAAACAGCUGUCCGGCAGACGUCCCGCCCGCGAGAAACGCACCCUCGAGGGCUGAGAGACAGAAAAAGGGUUAGAGAGGGAGAGAGAAAGAGAGAGAGAGAGAGAGAGAGAGAGAGAGAGAGAGAGAGAGAGAGAGAGAGCACAAGAGAAGAGAGAAGACUGGGACUGCGACACAUUACACCACCCAGAAGUUAUCUACAAUUUGGGACAGUAGCUUUUCAGGACACAAGCCACUGCGUGAGAAGAACAGAGGGAUCAACCUGAAGAAGAUACCUAAACAGGUAAAUAACUGCCAUUAGGACCAGAACAUCCUGACAAGCCCAGUGAGGAUUGAUGCCAAUUUCUCUGCAGACCUAAAACCAACCGGUCUUUGAGAAUGUAAAUCCUGACAUUUCCUGAGAGGAACUCAGAUCAGCAUUCAUUGUGCAGCACCGGGUCUUAGGGUUCCGAAACAUUUCUCUUCCUCAUCUCGUGUCACAGAUUUGCUGUUGUGAGACAGAGAUGCCGGCAAAAACACCAAUCUACCUGAAAUCCAACAACACCAAGAAAGGGAAGAAAUGUCGCCUAAGAGACAUUCUGUCCCCAGACAUGAUCAGCCCUCCGCUGGGAGACUUUCGCCACACCAUCCACAUCGGCAAAGGGGGUGAGUGUGACGCUUUUGGUGACAUGUCCUUCCUGCAGGGCAAGUUUGAGCUUCUUCCUGGGAAGGGCGGCAUGAUCCGACCUCAAUAUGGCACCCACGGUGAGUUCAUGCGAGCUAACAGCGCAUCCGAUGCCUCCUUUAUAGAGACUCCUUCACCAAUCCUGAAGAACGCCAUCUCCCUCCCAACCAUCGGGGGCAGCCAAGCUCUGACCCUACCGCUUAUCUCCACCACCAUCUUUCCCAUGACCCGAGACCCUCUGGAUGACCUGGGUGGACCUCCCACACCUCCUGCCAGCUCAGAGGGAACAGAUGACCUGGACAUCCUUCAAAUGGAGACCCUUCUUCAGUCCAUUACCAUCUUCAGACGUGACCCCAGCCCCGUUCCUGAGGAAAUCAGUGAAAAAACCACAUUCUCUAUCAAUCUUGUGGAGAAGCCACCAACAAAUAAGACACCCAAUCGCAACAAUAUGCACAACAUUAAGAAUGAGAACACUGAGAAGCCAUUAACAUCAUUCUUCAUUAAUGGCAACAGCAAUGAAAACGGCAACAUUAAUGGAACUGGCAGCUGCAAAAGCAGCAGCAGCUGCAGCAGUGGCUACAAUCACAGCAACAGUGACACAAUCUUUCAGUAUGAAAAAGAGCUGGCCAUCAUCAGCGGAGAUUGGGCAGAUAGAGAUAGUGGCGUAGAAGAGGGACGCAUUUGUGACUUUGACUUUGAGCUCUCGAAAAGCAAGAGCCUCUCUCAGGAGUCUGUUACCCAGGUCAAUGGGUCACUGCUCUCCCUUGAACUGGACUUGGGCCCCUCCAUCCUGGAUGAAGUACUCAAUAUCAUGACUAAGCCCGAGCCUUGAGCAGUGCUACUGAAAGAAGUAUGAAGAGGAAAUGAAAGACUUGCCAGUCAAAUCAACACGUAUGGUGUGCCAUAUAGGUGUUCAGUGUUGGAAAUGAACUGUAGAGGCAGACCCUUCCAUAUUUCUCUAAGUAUGUUUUAUCCUCAGCUUCGUCCUUCUUGGCUUAUCCAUUGUUUGUUUCUCUUGUAGUGCAGGGCAUGGGAGAUGCAUGCUUUAUCGAAUUAAGGCAAACUACACACCUGCCAUUGUGCCUUUUCUGUGGCUGUUAGAUCAAAUCAAGAGUUUGAUGUGCUUAAAUGCCAGUUCCAUCAUAGGUGUAAAUAAAGGAGGUACAUUUUAGUGUAUGCUGUUGUUCACUAAUGCACAAUGUAUUACGAUAAUCAAAAUAAUAAUAUUUCUCUAUGAGACAUAUGUACAGCUGUGUGAAAUAUUUCCAAGCUUAGUCUGCAUCACAAAACUCAAUGUACAGAUAUAUUUAUACUGACUAUUCAUUAACCAUGCUAAGCAAGCAUCAAAGCAUAUACCUAUGUUUUUACUGUGUGGAGCUAAAUAUGAAAUAAAUGAUUAAAUGAAUAAAUAUUUCUUUUUGAUACUUCCCAUGCUGUAA